GAAGACAAUAUGGGGUACGCCGAAACGUACGCCGAUUAUCGUCCGGCGAAGCUCCGUUCCGGUCUUGCGCAUCCUGACUGCGUUAUCGAAACUGCGUCGCUGAGCAGUGUUGCACCACCAGAUGUACGAUACAGUCUGAGCAUACCAGAAGAGGUACAAUUGAUCCCAAAGACUGUUCUGAAAUUAUACAGUUGA